AAAGGACAAGCAAUGAUCUGAUAAUCAACAAUUAUUUAUAAAAUACGUUGUUAUAUAGGAAAGAGAAUAUUUUCACCAAGAAGUGUUAGAAAAACCUUUACAGCAGAAACAAAGAGGAACAUUGACUGACAUUGAAUAGUAUUGUUCCUAUCCAGUUCAUUAAUAAGUCUAAUGAAUAGGCUACAGUCUAUUUAAAUUCAUUGAUUCAAUAGAAACUAGUGAAUUCUGCCAAGUGCUUAGCAAAUCUUCUGUUCUUAGUCCCUAUAGUUGAUCUGUAGUGAUUCCGAUGAUAGUAGACUGAACCAGUGAUUGUCGUGAGUGGAAACCGCAUUUUAAACCAGAACUAAACUGUUCAGACCAAUGAUUCCAGUCAGCGGAUUGUCAGCCAUCAGCCGCGGUGUCCGCUAGUGUUUCUACAAUAGAAAAAUCACCUGAGUCAUCAAAAUUGUUGCCUGUGAGAGACAUGAGUUGCUCGGAGGUGGUGUACCAGGCCUACUACCCCUACCUCUACCAGAGACCUUCCACAUCAGCUGCAAGUGCAGCAGCUCAGAGCAGAGCCGCUGCAGCUGCUCACUUUCCUGCAUUUCCUCACAACUAUGACAGGUUCAAUGUGGCAGCAUACGGAGGCAGUAGCAGCCUUGUGGGGGCGGGAGCAGGUGGUGGGGGAGGAGGUUCUGGGUCAGUGAGCUCGGGGGGAGGGGCGGGGAGUCCCGGGUCCCCCUCACUGCAUCACAAGGAUGAGGAAUCCACACCACCUGAAACAACUGGAGACGAAGAAGCCCUAUCGCCGGGUGAUGCAGUUAGUAGUAGAGCCCAGUACGUGUCUGCCAACUGUGUGGUAUUCACUCACUACACGGGGGAUGUUGCAUCAGUAGUCGAUGAACACUUCACCAGGGCACUCUCCUAUAAAACACCCUCCUCACCUAACUCAGCCAAAGAAUCAUCACCGAUGACGUCACGUAACUUCCCGCCGUCGUUUUGGAACAGCAACUACCAGAGCACCAAUCAGAGCUCAGCUAGCGACCUCUAUGGUGAUUCCGUGUACCAUAAUGUGGCCGGAGCUAGCACUGACCCCUGGCAUCAUCCUCAUUACCAGUAUUCACAUCACAGAGCCGUCCACGAGUACCACCACCACCAUCACCACCACAACAUGGCGGCGCAGUAUGGCAGCCUGUUGCUGGGGCAUCCGCCACCCGCCCGUUUGGGCCACCCUGGGCACCCGCACGCCACGGGGCCCUACCACCACCACGCCGCCACUAAGCCACCUGAGUGGCCUCCCAACCACCGCACGCCUCAGCAGCCACACGCCCUUGACCCCGCAUCAACCUCCUAUCCACCUGCUUAUCCUACUAUGUCUGGUUUGGAAGCCCAGGUGCAGGCUGACUCAAAAGAUCUAUACUGGUUUUGAAAAGCGGCCAAAGUCGCGGUAUUCGAUUACAAAUCGCCACGACAAACACGA